AUUCGUGUGUGUUUUCUACAGAAUGGACGAGGAAGACAAGCCUCGUAAUCCGUUCGCGAAGCAUUUCGGUAGGCUAAAGAGUUCUGAUGAUAUUUACGCUGCUGUAGUCCAGAACGAAGGAAGUCAAGAUGCAACAGUGUCGGAUCAACUCAGGUCACUCAUUUCAGCCAAACCGUCUCCAGCGGUGCUUAGUGGUGGAUCGAUUAUUGUCAGUGAUCGACAAGAGGAAAUCCCGUUCUGAAAUCAAUCCGCUCUGUUCCGUGGGAGUAUGGAGACAUUAUUCCAGAUUAUGUCUUGGGUCAGAGAA